UAUUUUAGUAAUAAUAAUCGAGUCAAUUUAGAAAUUUUUCUAAAAGGAUCAUAAGUUUAAUUAAAAUAUAAUGAAACAACCUUCUUGUUUAGAUUUUGCACUGUGAUUCUUAUUACGAUUUGAAAUUACAUAUAACUCACCGAGAACGGAUUAAAACAGCUUUUCGUAACUAUAGAAAAACAAGCAUGCUUCCCGUGGACACUCACAAUGUGUAUGAGAUCGCCGGAAGCGACUAUAACCAUCCCCCCUUCAAAUUAUCAGAUAGUGAUCAUUACUCAACCCUUGCUCGGUCUGAACAAAAUUUGCGAAGUAGGAAACGUACAAAGCCUCCAAGUAUAGUAGAUUUCAAAUUAUUUCAAAAUAAUGAUGAAACGGAGUCUACGGUAAAUUUGUACAUAAGUAAGAGCAGUUCCGAAUUACUUAGGGAAAAAAAACCUCGCAUAUCCCUUAAUUUGACUAAUUUGGGCAAAUUAAAAUGGAGUGAUAGAGAAACAAAAAUGAAAAGUAAUGUUGAAAAAGAAGAAACCGAUAUGAAUACUGUAGAAGACAAACAAAAAAUGUAUCAUAAUGAUAUGACUGUUGGUCCCAUUAUGCCAAUCUUGUUAAGUCCAACUCCAGUGGAAGACACAGUGAAUGAAAAAACGAAAUCCAUAAUAGCUAUGAACUAUGAUCAAUCAAAUAAUUUGAAUAACGAAGAUAUUGUGCAGGUGCACGAAAAGAAAAUCAAUGAAAACAUUAAUAAACAAGAAGCAAAAAUAGACGACAACCACGAAAAAUUAAAUAUUAAAGACAAAGACGAUAUUGUUAAUAUGAAUGAAAGGAAAAUAAGUGAUGAUAUAGAGGAAAUUAAAGGAAAUUUAAAAGAUGAAUACAAUUCAGAAAAUACAGCGCUUACAGCUGAAGAUAAUGAAGCAAAAACUGCGUUAGAAAAUGAUGAAAAUUUUAAAGACGCAGUGAAUGAACCGAAUGCUGGUGUGGAUGAGAAAAAUGUUCCGGAAAAGAAUGGCAGUAUUGAAAAAUCAACUAGUAUCGCAAAAGCUGAUACUUAUGAAAAAGAUAAAAAGGAAAUUAAUGAGGACAAUUCAGAAAAUGAAGAGAAUGUUAUGGACAAGGCAAAUGAAUCAAACACUUCUAAAGAUGAAACAACUAAAUCAGAGAAAAUUAAUAACGAAACUACUGAAGUAAGUGAAGAGGAAUUAUCGGAAGAUGACACUUUAGAAAAUUAUGAGAAUUUUAAAACCGAAGAAAACGAAGCCAAUAUUGUUAUGAAUGAGAAUAGUGUACUGAAAAAGAGUGGCGGCAUUGAUAAACCAACUAGUAUGGAAAAAGCAGAUACUAUUGAAAAAGAUGAAGAGGAAAUUAACGAGGACAAUUCAGAAAACAAAGAGAAUAUUAAGGACGAGGCAAAUGAAUCAAACACUUCUAAAGAUGAAAUAACUAAAUCAGAGAAAAUUGAUAACGAAACUACUGAAGUAAGUGAAGAGGAAUUAUCGGAAGAUGACACUUUAGAAAAUUAUGAGAAUUUUAAAACCGAAGAAAACGAAGCCAAUAUUGUUAUGAAUGAGAAUAGUGUACUGGAAAAGAGUGGCGGCAUUGAUAAACCAACUAGUAUGGAAAAAGCAGAUACUGUUGAAAAAGAUGAAGAGGAAAUUAACAAGGACAAUUCAGAAAACGAAGAGAAUAUUAAGGACGAGGCAAAUGAUACAAAUGCUUUUAAAGAUGAAACAACUCAAUCAGAGAAAAUGGAUUAUAAAGUAGACGAUAGCGAAUAUUCUGUUGAAGUAAGUGAAGAAAUAACAGAAGAAGAUACUUUAGAUCAUGAUGAAAUUAUUAAAGCCGAAGGAAAUGAAAUGAAUGCUGCUAUGGUUGAAACAAAUGUAUCAGAAGAGAAUGAGGGUAUUGAUAAAUCAACUAGUAUCGAAAAAGCAGCUAAUGUUGGAAGAGAUAAAGAUGAAAUUAAUGAGGACAAUUCAGAACACAAAGAGACUUUUCAGGAUGAGGCAAAUGCUUCUAAAGAUGAAGCAACUCAAUCAGAGAAAACUGAUCAUAAGGGAAACGAUAGCGAAAACACUGUCGAAGUCAGUGAAGAGGAAUUGAUAGAAGAAGAAGCCACUUUAGAAAAUGAUGAAAAUUUUAAAGCCGAAGAGAAUGAAGCGAUUGCUGCUAUGGAUGAGAACAAUGUACCAGAAAUGAAAGACAAUAUUGUUAAACCAAAGAGUAUGGAAAAAGCAGAUGCUGUUGAAAUAAACGAAGAGGAAAUUAAUGAGGACAAUACAGAAACUGAUGAAAAUAUUAGUGACGACGCAAAUGACACAAAUGCUUCUAAAGAUGAAGCAACUCAAUCAGAGAAAAUUGAUCACAAAAGAAACGAUAGCGAAGACUCUGUUGAAAUAAGUGAAGAGGAAAUAACGGAAGAAGAGACUUUAGAUCAUGAUGAAAAUUUUAAGGCCGAAGAGAAUGAACCGAAUGCUGCUAAGAAUGAGACAAACGUACCAGAAGAGAAUGAGGUUAUUGAUAAAUCAACUAGUAUCCAAAAAACAGAAAAUGUUAAUGAGGAUGAAGACGAAAUUAAUGAGGACAAUUCAGAAGACGAAGAGACUAUUCAGGAAGAGGCAAAUGAUGCAAACGCUUCUAAAGAUGAAGCAACUCAAUCAGAAAAAAUUGAUCUUAAAGGAAACGACAGCGAAGACACUGUUGAAGUAAGUGAAGAAGAAUUAACAGAAGAAAACAAUUUAGAAAAUGAAGAAAAUUUUAAAGCCGAAGAUAAUGAAGCGAAGCCUGUUAUGGAUGAAAAAAAUGCACCAGAAAAGAAUGAGCUUAUUGAUAGAUCAAUGAGUAUCGAAAGAACAGAUACUGUUGAAAUAGAUCAAGAGGAAAUUACUGAGGGCAAUUCAGAAAACGAUGGAAAUAUUAGUAUCAAGUCAAAUGAUACAAACGCUUCUAAAGAUGAGGCAACUCAAUCAGAGAAAACUGAUCAUAAAGGAAACUAUAGCGAAAACACUGUUGAAGGAAGUGAAGAGGAAUUUACAGAAGAAGAAGACAAUUUAGAAAAUGGUGAAACUUUUAGAGCCGAAGAGAAUGAAGCUAAUGCUACUACGGAUGAUAAAAAUAUACCAGAAAAUAAUGAGGGUAUUGAUAAAUCAACUAGUAUUGAAAAAGCGGAUGCUGUUGAAAAAGAUGAAGAGGACAUUACUGAGGAUAAUUCAGAAAACGAAGAGAAUGUUCAAGCCGAGACAAAUGAAUCAAACGCUUCUAAAGAUGAAGCAACUCAAUCAGAGACAAUUGAUCAUAAUGGAAACGACAGCGAAGACACUGUUGAAGUAAGUGAGGAGGAAUUAACAGAAGAAGACAAUUUAGAAUAUGAUGAAAAUUUUAAAGCCGUGGAGAAUGAAGCGAAUGUUGCUAUGAAUGAGAAAAAUGUGUUAGAAAAGAAUGAGGGUAGUUAUGCAUCAAAGGAUAUCGAAAAAGCAUAUACUGCUGAAUCGGAUGAAGAAGAAAUUAAUGAGGACAAUUCAGAAAAUGAUGAAAAUAUUAAUGACGAGGCAAAUGAGACAAUUGAUUCUAAAGAUGAAGCAACGCAAUCAGAGAAAACUGAUCACAAAGGAAACGAUAGUAACGACACUGACGAAGUAAGUGAAGAGGAAAUAACAGAAGAUGAAGAAGACGUUUUCGAAAAUGAUAAAAGCCUUAAAGCAGAUACUAUUAAAGACAAGGCAGGAACAUCUAAAGAUGGGAAAAAUAACCCGGAUUAUAAAGAAAAUGAUAAAGAAAAAGAAGGGACUGUCAACGUAAAUGAAAACAAAGUAGAAGAGGACAAUUUAGAAAAUGAGGAAAUAAGUGAUGACGAGACGGAUAAUGAAAAAUAAAAAAAGAAAAAGGAAAACAUAAAUAAUUUUUUAUAAUAAUUACAAAUACUUAUACAUAUAGUGUUUAUAUUCUGUAUUUUAUUUAUUGAAAUAAAAAUCAUUUAUAUUAUACAGGAAUUUUGGAAGGUACAAGCAAUUUCAUGGCAAUGUUAAAUUAAAAUAAUAUUUGAAUUAACGUUAAUAUGUAUAUCU